GCGAUAAGAAUUUUUGAUGAUCUCGCUCAAUAACAUCAAAUCGAAUAUCUUCGUGCCAUUUCAUUUUCGCCUGUCGCACACUCUUCAGUGAAUUUACUCUGCUCCAUCCUUAUAAUAGUACACGAUGGGUGUCAAGAAGAAGGUCCGCAAGUUUGCCCAAGUCAAGCGUGCUAUAACCUUGCGAGACAGUCGGUUAAAACCACAAGAGGCGGAAAAGAAUAAGAAAAAGGAUGAUAACGUUGUCCGAGAAAUUCCUCAAGUUUCCUCGUCUCUUUUCUUCCAGUACAACACCGCCUUGACGCCUCCUUACUCAGUAUUGGUCGACACCAACUUCCUCUCCCACAGCGUACAGCAUAAGCUAGAAGUGAUUCCCACGAUGAUGGAUUGUCUCUACGCCAAGUGUAUCCCCGUUAUUACGGACUGUGUGUUGGCGGAAUUGGAAAAGCUGGGCCAGAAAUAUCGACUAGCGUUACGAAUCGCCAAAGAUCCUCGGUUUGAGCGGAUAAAAUGUGAUCAUCGGGGCACAUAUGCGGACGAUUGUUUAGUUGAUCGAGUGAUUAAGCACAGAGUCUAUAUUGUGGCGACGAAUGACAGAGAUUUGAAGAGGAGGAUACGUAAAAUACCUGGUGUUCCAAUCAUGAAUGUGGCACGAGGCAAGUAUGUGAUUGAGCGUCUCCCUGAUGCUCCGGAGAAGUGAUUGUACGCUGAACGAGCUGGCUGUCGGUUUCUUUUCUUGAGCAUUAUUGCAUUUAUGGCGUUCCAGGUUUUUACGGGUGCUCUAGAUCGCAGAUAGCGGAUUAUUAAGGUUCGGUUCGUUGUCACAAAUGUCAAUACUCGUAUCGUAUUGGCUUUCUUCCUAAGAAUCUCACUUGACUUUCCUCCUUUAC